AUGUUUCAACAGCUGUCGGCAUCCAUUAGGCACAAUGCACACAUAAUUUUUUUAUGCAUAAGUUGGUAUUUUAUUUCAUCGUUGGCAUCUCAGGUAACGAAGCAGGUACUAACGGUUUGCCCAUUACCACUUUUUUUGGGUGAGUUUCAGUUCAUUUAUACUGCUGUGCUAGCAUGGUUUACGUGUUAUAUUGCAUAUAGUUUCCCAGGAUUCUAUCGCAUAUUUCCUAAUGGUACUUUUCCGGAAUAUUAUAUCGACGACAGAGAAACUAGCCGUGCAGCUAGGAAAGAAUCAAAACUAUCCUCCCUCAUUAUACCGCCCUCUAAACCAAUCCUGCAAACAGUUCUACCUUUAGGUCUUUUCCAAUUUGUAGGGAAAUAUUUUGGGCAUACAGCUACCUCUUUGGUGCCUGUUUCCACGGUUGCAAGUAUAAAAACGCUAUCCCCCAUGUUUAUCCUUUUGCUCCAAAAGAUUUUGAAAAUAUCCACUUUGAAAAUUACUUUAACUCUUAUCUUUAGUUUAUGCACUUUAGUUCUUGGAGUUUGGAUUAUAGUUCAAGAAGAUAAUCGUUCACCGGCCUCUUCCAAUGAGCUGAGAGAAUUCUCUAAAUACGGCGUAAUAUGCGCUAUGAUAUCAAUGUUCAUUUUUGUCUUGCAAAAUAUAUAUGGCAAGACCGUGUUCACGUACAGAUCUCAAACAGAUGAAUCUCAAAGUAAUUCUGGAUUCUCACGGCAAGAAUCACCUUUACCCUUAUAUGAAAAGUUGGAUGAGAAACUUGUUGCGAAAAAGAAACCUAAAUCAUAUGACAAAUUGACUUUAAUGAUUUAUAUUUCCCUUGUUGGAUUUUGUUUAUCGUUUGGCUGGUUUAUCACUCUAGAAUUUCCUGUACUAUUUAGGUAUUUUUUUCAAAUUAACAGCUCUUCUACAGUAAUAAAAGCUUUUCCAGUCUCUUUAUUUUUACUGAACGGGACAUUCCACUUCAUUCAGGCAAUGAUUACAUUUCAUUUACUGGGUGAGGUCUCAACUUUAACAUAUUCAAUAGCGAAUCUGAUGAAGCGCUUUGCCAUUAUUGCGGUUAGUUGGGUCUUUAUUGGAAGAAGAAUUACUUGGCUGCAAGUGUUCGGUUUGGUUCUGAACACAUUAGGGUUAUUCCUUUAUGAAAGAUGCACAUCACAAUCGAAAAUAAAAGCGAAAAUACGUCCUGAGUAG